GAGCGGGCUUUAAACGCGCUCCGCUGCCGGGCAGGAAGCAGCGGCAGAGCCGUGGGACUGCGGGCACCUGCCGGGGCCGCCCGUGCUGGGAGCGCAGGGUGCUGGGAGCUGUGCAGCAGGACCAUGGAGAGCCAGCCAGCCGUGAACGGCCUCGCUGCUCCCCGCCCUGCCGGGGAGGACACGCCGGGGACGAACCGCCCGCGCCGGGGCGCGAUGCCGGGCGAGCAGCACAGAGCCGCGGGCAGGGAGCCCUCGGGGGCGGCGGGCAGCAUCGCUGGCGUGCUGGUGGAGGCCUCCAAGAGGGUCAUGAGCUUUUAUGAAGCCACCAGAGAGCACCUGCUGAGCCUGGACACCGCCCUGUGCCUCCUGGAGGCGCAGGCAGCCACGGGCUCCAUCUCCGACCCGGUGGGCAAGCGCAGCGUGCCCGUGGCGGAGGCCGUGCGCACCGGGCUGGUGGGGCUGGAGCUGAAGGAGAGGCUGCUCUCGGCUGACAGAGCUGCCAGCGGCUUCCUGGACCCCUACACGGAGGAGAAGAUCCCCCUGUACCAGGCGGUGCAGAAGGAGCUGCUGGGCAGGGAGCAGGGCAUCCGCCUGCUCCAGGCGCAGAUGGCGACCGGAGGCGUCAUCGACCCGGCCACGGGCGGCCGGCUGGCGGCGGGAGAGGCCUGUGAGAGGGGAUUUUUGGAUGAGGAGAUGAGCCAGCUGGUCUGCGACCCCAGCCACGAGGAGAGCAGGGCGUUCCUGGACCCCAGCACCAUGGAGCGGGUCACUUACGCGGAGCUCAGGAAAAGGUGCGUCGUGGAUCCAGCCUCGGGCUUCCUGCUGCUGCCGCUGCAGAUCACCUUCCCGGGGCUGGCAGGGAGGGUGAGCAGCAGGGCCCUGCUGGACUCUGGCAUCAUCAGCGCCGACGUGUUCCGAGCCCUGGAGGACGGGAGGGUCUCUGCCCAGGAGGUGGCGGAGAACGACAUCGUCCAGCACUUCCUGCGCGGCUCCAGGAGCGUGGCCGGAGUCGUGCUGCCCUCCGGGGAGCAGAGGAGCCUUUACCAGGCGCUGAGGGAGCAUCUCCUGGUGCCUGGCGCCGCCCUCACGCUCCUGCAAGUCCAGGCCUCCACCGGCAGCCUGACAGACCCCCUCAAGAACCAGAGCUACUCAGUGGAUGAGGCCGUCAGGGUCGGUCUCGUCGGCCCGGAGCUUUAUGAGAAACUGUCCUCAGCUGAGAAAGCCAUCACUGGGUACAGGGACCCCUCCACCGGGGAGAUGCUCUCCCUGUUCCAAGCCAUCAGCAAGGGCUUUGUGCCCAGGGAUCACGGCCUGUGCCUUCUGGAGGCUCAGCUGGCCACGGGCGGCGUCAUCGCCCCGGGCAGGCACCUGCGCGUGCCCACGGAGACGGCCUGCGAGUGGGGCUACCUGGACGAGGCCACCAGGCAGCUCCUGUGCAGCCCCCCCGAGCACGCCAAGGGCUUCUUCCAGCCCGGCUCCCAGGAGAAGCUGAGCUACGCCGAGCUGCUGCAGCGCUGCGUCACCGACCCCAGAACGGGGCUGCUGCUGCUGCCCCUCGCCGCGGACGGCAGGGAGGGAACGCUCGGGUUCUUCGACCGCGGGACCCAGGCAGCCCUGGAGAGCACCCAGGUGCCCGUCGCUGCAGGGAAAUUCAAGGGCAGGGCGGUGUCUCUCUGGAAACUGCUCUUCUCCGACUACAUCCAGGGUGAGCAGAGGGCUGAGCUCGCCCAGCGGUUUUUGGCAGGAACGCUCUCCCUGCAAGGACUGGGUGAGGCCGUCAGAGCCGCUGUUGAGGAGAAGGCUGCCUCUGCUAACGUCACCUUCAAGGGCCUGAGGGACCAGGUGACGGCUGACCAGCUCCUGAGCUCGGAAAUCAUCAACAAAGACUUGUUCAAGAAGCUCAAGGAGGGAGAAACGUCGGCCAAAGAAGUGGUCAGCAUGGACACGGUCAGGAAGUACCUGCAGGGCACAGGGAGCAUCGGGGGGCUGCUGCUCCCUGACUCCCAGGAGAAGAUCAGCAUCUACCAGGCGAAGCGGAAGGGGCUCCUGAGGCCGGGAACGUCCCUGAUUCUCCUGGAGGCCCAGGCUGCCACAGGGUUCGUCAUCGACCCGGCUGCCAACAAGAGAUAUUCCGUGGAUGAGGCGCUACGAGCCAACGUCAUCGGCCCGGACGUUUACGACAAGCUGCUGGCUGCGGAGAAAUCCGUCACUGGCUACAGAGACCCGUACUCAGGGGACAAGAUCUCCCUGUUCCAGGCCAUGCAGAAGGAGCUGAUCGUCAGGGACCACGGCAUCCGCCUGCUGGAGGCCCAGAUCGCCACGGGCGGCAUCAUCGACCCCGUCAACAGCCACCGCAUCCCCGUGGAGGUGGCCUACAAGCGCGGCUACUUCGACAAGAAGAUGAACUUGAUCCUGUCCGACCCCAGCGACGACACCAAGGGCUUCUUCGACCCCAACACCCACGAGAACCUGACGUACCUGCAGCUGAAGGAGAAGUGCAUCACCGAGCCCUCCACCGGGCUCUGCCUCCUGCCCCUCAACAGCAGGAAGCGGCAGUUCGUCGACGAGGCCACCAGGCAGGUGUUCAGGAACUCCUGGCUGCCCGUCAGGUUCGGGCGCCUGCGGGGGGAGAAGGUCUCCGUGUGGGACCUGCUGAACUCCGAGUACUUCAGCGAGGGGAGGCGCCGCGAGAUCUUCAACCACUUCCAGCUGAGGAAGCUCAGCCUGGAGCAAAUCCGGCUCAUGCUGGAGGAGGAGAUGAAGAAAUGGGCUCCCAUCAAGUUCCCGGCCAUGAGGGGCAACGUCAGCGCUUAUCACCUGAUGGAGACCGGGGUCAUCGACCGGGCCCUGUUUGAGCGGGUGCUGGAGGGGUCGGUCAGCCCAGAGCAGGUCCUGGGCAUGGACUCGGUCCGGCGGUACCUCUACGGCUCGGGCAGCAUCGGGGGCAUCGUGCUGCAGCCAUCCAACCAGAGGAUGAGCAUUUACGAGGCCAUGAAGCAGAACAUCGUGGUGCCGGGAGUCGCCCUGCCCCUGCUGGAGGCCCAGGCUGCCACGGGCUUCAUCAUCGACCCCGUGAACAACCAGAAGCUGCGCGUGGAUGAGGCCGUCAAGGAGGGCGUCAUCGGGCCGGACGUCCACGAGAAGCUGCAGCACGCCGAAGGCGCCGUGACGGGCUACAAGGACCCCUUCACGGGCAAGAAGAUCCCCCUUUUCCAGGCGAUGAAGAAGGGGCUGAUUGCAGACAAGCAGGCCAUGCAGCUGAUGGAGGUGCAGAUGGCCACGGGAGGCAUCAUCGACCCGACGUGCGGCCACUACAUCCCCCUGGAGUCGGCCCAGCAGCGGGGCUGCCUGGAUGAGGACACCAGCAAGGCCCUUUCCGAGCCCAGCGAUGAGCACAGGGUCUUCUGCCUCCCGGAGAGCAAAGAGAGCGUCACCUACGCCGAGCUCAUCCAGCGCUGCCAGAAGGACGACGCCUCCGGCUUCCACCUGCUGCCUCUGGCCCAGACAGCCGCUCCUGCCUACACCGACGAGCAAAUCCAGCGCAUCUUCAAGGAAACGGUGGUGAAGGAAAGGGGAGUCUCCCUCUGGGAGCUCGUGCACUCGGGGUAUUUCACCGAGGAGCAGAGGAGCGGCUUCACGGAGCGGUUCCGCUCGGAGGAGCUGUCGCUGGAGCAGCUGGUCGCGCUCGUGCUCAGGCUGGUGGGGGAGAUGGAGAUGAAAGCCAGGACCCAGAUCUCCCUGGAAGGCCUGAGGGGCAGCGUCCCGGUGGUCUGGCUGCUGGACACGGGCAUCAUUUCUCAGAAGACGUUUGAAGAACUGGCUCAGGGCGUGAGAACUCCCGAAGAAGUGGCUGCAAUGGAGAGCGUGAAGAGGUACCUGAAGGGCACGGGCAGCAUCGCUGGGGUCUUCAUAGAGGCAUCCAAACAGAAGAUGAGCUUCUAUGACGCCAUGAAGAACAAUCUGCUGCUGCCUGGGGUUGCUCUGAGGCUGCUCGAGGCUCAGGCAGCCUCAGGAUACCUGACUGACCCCGCCACGAACCGCAGGCUCGGCGUGAGGGACGCCGUGAGAGCGGCUCUGGUUGGAGAAGAGCUCACCGAGAAACUGCUGCUGGCUGAGAGGGCUGUCACGGGCUACACAGACCCCUACACCGGGAGCUCCAUCUCCCUGUGCCAGGCGCUCAGGAAGGAGCUCGUCCCCCUGGCGGAGGCCGUGCCCCUGCUGGAGGCCCAGCUGGCCACGGGAGGGGUGGUGGAUCCCAUCCACCACCUCCACCUGCCGCUCCAGGCUGCCUGCAGGUACGGCUUCUACGACGAGGACCUGAACCAAGCCCUCUCCCAGCUGGAUGACAGCACCAAGGUCUUUUUUGACCCGAACACCAAGGAGAACGUGACCUACCAGCAGCUGAAGGACCGGUGCGUUCGAGAGGCUGAGUCGGGCCUGUGGCUCCUGCCGCUGUCGGAAAACGCGAUGUUCUGCGUGGAUGAGCAGACCAUGAAGGUGCUGAAAUCUGUGACGGUUUGCGUCAACGUGGGGCGGUUCAAAGGACAGACCGUGUCUGUCUGGGACCUCCUCAACUCCGAAUACUUCUCAGACAGCAAGAGAAGAGAGCUGGUGCAGAAGUACAAAGAUGAGAAGGCCGAGGUGCUGCAGGAAAUCACAACGGUGAUCACCACAAUCAUCCAGGAGACCGAGGCACAAGGCAAGAAGUUUGCAUUCAAGGGCCUGCGGAAAAGAGUGUCCGCCAGCGACCUCUUCCAGUCCCAGCUGAUAGACAAAAAAACUCUUGAUGAGCUCAACCAGGGGAAGAAAACCGUCAAGGAAGUCACUGAGAUGGAGUCUGUCCGCAGGUACCUGGAGGGCAGCAAUUUCAUAGCAGGGGUCCUUAUACAGCCAAGCAACGAGAAGAUGAGCAUCUACCAGGCCAUGUGGAAGGGCAUCCUGAGGCCAGGCACCGCCCUGGUGCUGCUGGAGGCGCAGGCGGCCACCGGCUACAUCAUCGACCCAGAGAAAAACAAGAAGUUUUCAGUGGAGGAAGCGUUGGAGGUGGGGCUGAUCGGAGGGGAGAUCUUCGAGAAGCUGCUCUGCGCCGAGAGAGCCGUGACGGGCUACACCGACCCCUACACCAAAGCCCCAAUGUCCCUGUUUGAAGCCAUGAACCAAGGGCUGAUUGUGAAGAGCCAUGGCAUCCGCCUGCUCGAGGCCCAGAUCGCCACGGGCGGCAUCAUCGACCCCGUGCACAGCCACCGCCUGCCCGUGGAGGUGGCCUACGAGCGCGGCUACUUCAACCAGGAGAUGAACCAGAUCCUCUCCGACCCCAGCGACGACACCAAGGGCUUCUUCGACCCCAACACCCACGAGAACCUGACGUACAUGCAGCUGCUGGAGAGAUGUGUCCAGGACCCAGAGACUGGGUUGUACAUGCUGCAAGUCGUAAAGGAGGGAGGGAAGUAUUUCUACAUCGAUGAAUCCACCAAGCAGGCUCUGCGCUCAAAGCCCCUCCACGUGAGAGUUGGGAAGUUUAAGGACCAAACAGUUUCUGUCUGGGAAGUGCUCUGCUCUCACUACAUCUCGGAGCAGAAAAGGAAAGAGCUGGUGAUGCAGUACAAAAGCAAAACUCUAGCGCUGGAAGAUCUGAUAUCCCUCAUCUUAAAAAUCAUCGAGGACACCGAGCAAAGAGGAGAAGCCCUGAAGGUCAAAGGGCUGCGGGGGGAGGUGUCGGUGUCAGAACUGUUCAACUCUGAGAUAAUCGACAAGAAAACCCUGGAGCAGCUGCAGGAUGGGAGCCUCACGCUUGCCAGCCUCACCAAGAGGGACUCCAUCCAAAGGUACCUGGACGGCACCGGGAGCAUCGCUGGGGUUCUCCUCCCGCUGAGGAAAGAGGUGAUGAGCGUCUACCAGGCGCUGAAGAAAGGGCUCCUCACAGAGCAGUGUGCGCUGGGGCUGCUGGAGGCACAGGCGGCCACCGGCUUCCUCCUGGACCCCCGGAACAACCAGAAGCUCUCCGUGCUCGAGGCCGUGGCCGCCGGGCUGGUGGGCAGCGAGCUGCGCGAGCCGCUGCUGUCGGCAGAGAAAGCCGUGACGGGAUACACAGACCCUCAGACAGGAAACAAAAUAUCCUUGUUCCAGGCCGUGAGGCAGAAGAUAAUUGUCAGGGAUCACGGGAUCCGCCUGCUGGAGGCCCAGAUCGCCACCGGCGGCAUCAUUGACCCCGAGCACAGCCACCGCCUGCCCGUGGAGGUGGCCUACAAGCGCGGGCACCUGGAUGAGGACACGUUCCUGCUGCUUUCAGAUCCAGACCACGGCAGCAAAGGCUUUAUAGACCCCAACACUCAGGAGAAGAUCAGUUACAGCCAGCUCCUGCAGAGGUGUGCCAGAGACGCGGAGAGCGGCUGGUACCUGCUGCAGGUCCUGGAGAAGGAGAAGGAGGGCGACUAUUUCUACAUCGAUGAGCAAACGAAAAACGCCCUGCUGUGCACAAAGGUGCAGGUGCCUGUGGGGAAAUACAAGGGACAGGUGUUGUCCCUGUGGGAACUUCUCUGCUCCGAGUACAUCACGGAGGAGAAGAGAAAAGAACUGGUGAAAAAAUACAAGGCGGAGUCCCAACACAUUGUGCAAGGAAUCAUUGAGACAAUACUGAAGAUCAUUAGAGAAAAAGAAGAGGACAGAAGUGAUGUCUGGUUCCAGGGAAUCCGACAGCAAAUCACAGCAUCAGAACUGCUCAGUGCACAAAUAAUUACAGAGGAAACCAUGGAAAAAAUCCAAGAAGGGAAAGAGACAGCACAAGGAAUAGCACAACUGGAGAGUGUGAGGAGGUACCUCGAGGGAACGGGAAGCAUCGCCGGCGUGCUGGUGCCCUCCAAGACCGACCCUGGCACGGUGGAGAAGAUGAGCAUCUACCAGGCCAUGUGGAAGGGCAUCCUGAGGCAGGGCACGGCGCUGGUGCUGCUGGAGGCGCAGGCGGCCACCGGUUUCAUCAUCGACCCCGUGCACAACCAGAAGCUCUCGGUGGACGAGGCCGUGGCCUCGGGCCUGGUGGGCAGUGAACUGAAAAACAAACUCCUGAGUGCUGAGAGAGCAGUGACGGGCUACAACCACCCCUACACAGGACAGAAGAUGUCCCUGUUCCAGGCCAUGAAGCAGGAGCUGAUCGUCAGGGACCACGGCAUCCGCCUGCUGGAGGCCCAGAUCGCCACGGGCGGCAUCAUCGACCCCGUGCACAGCCACCGCCUGCCCGUGGAGGUGGCCUACAAGCGUGGCUACUUGGACCAGGAGAUGAGCCACAUCCUGUCCGACCCCAGCGACGACACCAAGGGCUUCUUCGACCCCAACACCCACGAGAACCUGACGUACCUGCAGCUGCUGCGCCGCUGCGUGCCCGACCCCGACACGGGGCUGCUGAUGCUGCAGCUGAUGGACAAGGGCUCCGUGCUGCACCAGCUGAGCCAGGACGCCCGCACAGCCCUGCAGGCCGCCCGCACCGCGCUGCCCCUGGGGCUCUUCCAGGGCACCAGCGUCUCCCUCUGGGAGCUCCUCUUCUCCCGCUACGUCCCCGAGCAGCGGCGCCAGGAGCUGCUGCGCCAGUACAAGGCGGGCACGGUCACCAUUGCAGAGCUGAUGGAGCUGCUCACGGCCAUGGUCACCAGGGCCGAGGCCCAGGGCCACGGGGACAACGUGGCCACCAAGGACACAGAGAGGGAGGUGCUGCCUGACCCCGUGCAGAACGGCAGCGACUCAAAAUCCCAGAAGGAACGGGAAGAGAAGCAGGAACAGGAACAAGAACAGAAGCGCGAAAAGGAACAGGAACGGAAGCGGGAACAGGAACAGGAACAGGAGCUGGAACGGUCCCUCAAGUCCCACACGGUCGAGGUCUCGGCUGGCGGCUUCCACGGCAGGAAGGUGUCCCUGUGGGAGCUGCUCUCCUCCCAGUUCGUGUCCGGGCCCAAGCGUGGCAAGCUGCUGGCGCAGCUGCGGGCCGGGAGCCUGGCGCUGGCCCAGCUGGCCACGCUGCUCACCCAGCUGGUGGAGGAGGCGGCGCGGCGCGGCAGCAGCGUGAAAUUCACGGGGCUCAGGAGGCAGGUGAGCGCCUCGGACCUGCUGGACUCGGGCAUCAUCGACACGGGCACGCUGGCCCAGCUGGUGCAGGGCGCCAGGACGGUGCAGGAGGUGACGCAAAUGGCCUCGGUCAAGCGCUACCUGCACGGCACGGGCGUCAUCGCCGGCGUGCUGGUGCCCUCCAAGGCCCAGCCCGGCAGCGUGGAGAAGAUGAGCAUCUACCAGGCCAUGUGGAAGGGCAUCCUGAGGCAGGGCACGGCGCUGGUGCUGCUGGAGGCGCAGGCGGCCACCGGCUUCAUGGUGGACCCCGUGCACAACCAGAAGCUCUCGGUGGACGAGGCCGUGGCCUCGGGCCUGGUGGGCAGCGAGCUGCACGAGAAGCUGCUGUCGGCCGAGCGCGCCGUGACGGGCUACUCCGACCCCUACACGGGCGACAAGAUCUCCCUGUUCCAGGCCAUGCAGAAGGAGCUGAUCGUCAGGGACCACGGCAUCCGCCUGCUGGAGGCCCAGAUCGCCACGGGCGGCAUCAUCGACCCCGUGCACAGCCACCGCCUGCCCGUGGAGGUGGCCUACAAGCGCGGCUACUUGGACCAGGAGAUGAGCCAGAUCCUGUCCGACCCCAGCGACGACACCAAGGGCUUCUUUGACCCCAACACCCACGAGAACCUGACGUACCUGCAGCUGCUGCGCCGCUGCGUGCCCGACCCCGACACGGGGCUGCUGAUGCUGCAGCUGAUGGACAAGGGCUCCGUGCUGCACCAGCUGAGCCAGGACGCCCGCACAGCCCUGCAGGCCGCCCGCACCGCGCUGCCCCUGGGGCUCUUCCAGGGCACCAGCGUCUCCCUCUGGGAGCUCCUCUUCUCCCGCUACGUCCCCGAGCAGCGGCGCCAGGAGCUGCUGCGCCAGUACAAGGCGGGCACGGUCACCAUUGCACAGCUGAUGGAGCUGCUCACGGCCAUGGUCACCAGGGCCGAGGCCCAGGGCCACGGGGACAGCGUGGCCACCAAGGACACAGAGAGGAAGGUGCUGCCUGACCCCGUGCAGAACGGCAGCGACUCAAACUCCCAGAAGGAACGGGAAGAGAAGCAGGAACAGGAACAGGAACAGAAGCGGGAACGGGAGAAGGGACAAGACCAGAAGCGGGAACAGGAACAGGAAGAGGAGCUGGAACGGUCCCUCAAGUCCCACACGGUCGAGGUCUCGGCUGGCGGCUUCCACGGCAGGAAGGUGUCCCUGUGGGAGCUGCUCUCCUCCAAGUUCGUGUCCGAGCCCAAGCGUGGCGAGCUGCUGGCACAGCUGCGGGCCGGGAGCCUGGCGCUGGCCCAGCUGGCCACGCUGCUCACCCAGCUGGUGGAGGAGGCGGCGCGGCGCGGCAGCAGCGUGAAAUUCACGGGGCUCAGGAGGCAGGUGAGCGCCUCGGACCUGCUGGACUCGGGCAUCAUCGACACGGGCACGCUGGCCCAGCUGGUGCAGGGCGCCAGGACGGUGCAGGAGGUGACGCAAAUGGCCUCGGUCAAGCGCUACCUGCACGGCACGGGCGUCAUCGCCGGCGUGCUGGUGCCCUCCAAGGCCCAGCCCGGCAGCGUGGAGAAGAUGAGCAUCUACCAGGCCAUGUGGAAGGGCAUCCUGAGGCAGGGCACGGCGCUGGUGCUGCUGGAGGCGCAGGCGGCCACCGGCUUCAUGGUGGACCCCGUGCACAACCAGAAGCUCUCGGUGGAUGAGGCCGUGGCCUCGGGCCUGGUGGGCAGCGAGCUGCACGAGAAGCUGCUGUCGGCCGAGCGCGCCGUGACGGGCUACUCCGACCCCUACACGGGCGACAAGAUCUCCCUGUUCCAGGCCAUGCAGAAGGAGCUGAUCGUCAGGGACCACGGCAUCCGCCUGCUGGAGGCCCAGAUCGCCACGGGCGGCAUCAUCGACCCCGUGCACAGCCACCGCCUGCCCGUGGAGGUGGCCUACAAGCGCGGCUACUUGGACCAGGAGAUGAGCCAGAUCCUGUCCGACCCCAGCGACGACACCAAGGGCUUCUUCGACCCCAACACCCACGAGAACCUGACGUACCUGCAGCUGCUGCGCCGCUGCGUGCCCGACCCCGACACGGGGCUGCUGAUGCUGCAGCUGAUGGACAAGGGCUCCGUGCUGCACCAGCUGAGCCAGGACGCCCGCACAGCCCUGCAGGCCGCCCGCACCGCGCUGCCCCUGGGGCUCUUCCAGGGCACCAGCGUCUCCCUCUGGGAGCUCCUCUUCUCCCGCUACGUCCCCGAGCAGCGGCGCCAGGAGCUGCUGCGCCAGUACAAGGCGGGCACGGUCACCAUUGCAGAGCUGAUGGAGCUGCUCACGGCCAUGGUCACCAGGGCCGAGGCCCAGGGCCAUGGGGACAACGUGGCCACCAAGGACACAGAGAGGGAGGUGCUGCCUGACCCCGUGCAGAACGGCAGCGACUCAAAAUCCCAGAAGGAACGGGAAGAGAAGCAGGAACAGGAACAGGAACAGAAGUGGGAACGGGAGAAGGGACAAGACCAGAAGCGGGAAAAGGAACAGAAGCGGGAACAGGAACAGGAAGAGGAGCUGGAACGGUCCCUCAAGUCCCACACGGUCGAGGUCUCGGCUGGCGGCUUCCACGGCAGGAAGGUGUCCCUGUGGGAGCUGCUCUCCUCCAAGUUCGUGUCCGAGCCCAAGCGUGGCGAGCUGCUGGCGCAGCUGCGGGCCGGGAGCCUGGCGCUGGCCCAGCUGGCCACGCUGCUCACCCAGCUGGUGGAGGAGGCGGCGCGGCGCGGCAGCAGCGUGAAAUUCACGGGGCUCAGGAGGCAGGUGAGCGCCUCGGACCUGCUGGACUCGGGCAUCAUCGACACGGGCACGCUGGCCCAGCUGGUGCAGGGCGCCAGGACGGUGCAGGAGGUGACGCAAAUGGCCUCGGUCAAGCGCUACCUGCACGGCACGGGCGUCAUCGCCGGCGUGCUGGUGCCCUCCAAGGCCCAGCCCGGCAGUGUGGAGAAGAUGAGCAUCUACCAGGCCAUGUGGAAGGGCAUCCUGAGGCAGGGCACGGCGCUGGUGCUGCUGGAGGCGCAGGCGGCCACCGGCUUCAUGGUGGACCCCGUCCGCAACCAGAAGCUCUCGGUGGACGAGGCCGUGGCCUCGGGCCUGGUGGGCAGCGAGCUGCACGAGAAGCUGCUGUCGGCCGAGCGCGCCGUGACGGGCUACUCCGACCCCUACACGGGCGACAAGAUCUCCCUGUUCCAGGCCAUGCAGAAGGAGCUGAUCGUCAGGGACCACGGCAUCCGCCUGCUGGAGGCCCAGAUCGCCACGGGCGGCAUCAUCGACCCCGUGCACAGCCACCGCCUGCCCGUGGAGGUGGCCUACAAGCGCGGCUACUUGGACCAGGAGAUGAGCCAGAUCCUGUCCGACCCCAGCGACGACACCAAGGGCUUCUUCGACCCCAACACCCACGAGAACCUGACGUACCUGCAGCUGCUGCGCCGCUGCGUGCCCGACCCCGACACGGGGCUGCUGAUGCUGCAGCUGAUGGACAAGGGCUCCGUGCUGCACCAGCUGAGCCAGGACGCCCGCACAGCCCUGCAGGCCGCCCGCACCGCGCUGCCCCUGGGGCUCUUCCAGGGCACCAGCGUCUCCCUCUGGGAGCUCCUCUUCUCCCGCUACGUCCCCGAGCAGCGGCGCCAGGAGCUGCUGCGCCAGUACAAGGCGGGCACGGUCACCAUUGCAGAGCUGAUGGAGCUGCUCACGGCCAUGGUCACCAGGGCCGAGGCCCAGGGCCACGGGGCCAACGUGGCCACCAAGGACACAGAGAGGGAGGUGCUGCCUGACCCCGUGCAGAACGGCAGCGUCUCAAAAUCCCAGAAGGAACAGGAACAGAAGCAGGAAAAGGAACAAGAACAGAAGCGGGAACAAGAAGAGGAGCUGGAACGGUCCCUCAAGUCCCACACGGUCGAGGUCUCGGCUGGCGGCUUCCACGGCAGGAAGGUAUCCCUGUGGGAGCUGCUCUCCUCCCAGUUCGUGUCCGGGCUCAAGCGUGGCGAGCUGCUGGCGCAGCUGCGGGCCGGGAGCCUGGCGCUGGCCCAGCUGGCCACGCUGCUCACCCAGCUGGUGGAGGAGGUGGCGCGGCGCGGCAGCAGCGUGAAAUUCACGGGGCUCAGGAGGCAGGUGAGCGCCUCGGACCUGCUGGACUCGGGCAUCAUCGACACGGGCACGCUGGCCCAGCUGGUGCAGGGCGCCAGGACGGUGCAGGAGGUGACGCAAAUGGCCUCGGUCAAGCGCUACCUGCACGGCACGGGCGUCAUCGCCGGCGUGCUGGUGCCCUCCAAGGCCCAGCCCGGCAGCGUGGAGAAGAUGAGCAUCUACCAGGCCGUGUGGAAGGGCAUCCUGAGGCAGGGCACGGCGCUGGUGCUGCUGGAGGCGCAGGCGGCCACCGGCUUCAUGGUGGACCCUGUGCACAACCAGAAGCUCUCGGUGGAUGAGGCCGUGGCCUCGGGCCUGGUGGGCAGCGAGCUGCACGAGAAGCUGCUGUCGGCCGAGCGCGCCGUGACGGGCUACUCCGACCCCUACACGGGCGACAAGAUCUCCCUGUUCCAGGCCAUGAAGCAGGAGCUGAUCGUCAGGGACCACGGCAUCCGCCUGCUGGAGGCCCAGAUCGCCACCGGCGGCAUCAUCGACCCCGUGCACAGCCACCGCCUGCCCGUGGAGGUGGCCUACAAGCGCGGCUACUUGGACCAGGAGAUGAGCCAGAUCCUGUCCGACCCCAGUGACGACACCAAGGGCUUCUUCGACCCCAACACCCACGAGAACCUGACGUACCUGCAGCUGCUGCGCCGCUGCGUGCCCGACCCCGACACGGGGCUGCUGAUGCUGCAGCUGAUGGACAAGGGCUCCGUGCUGCACCAGCUGAGCCAGGACGCCCGCACAGCCCUGCAGGCCGCCCGCACCGCGCUGCCCCUGGGGCUCUUCCAGGGCACCAGCGUCUCCCUCUGGGAGCUCCUCUUCUCCCGCUACGUCCCCGAGCAGCGGCGCCAGGAGCUGCUGCGCCAGUACAAGGCGGGCACGGUCACCAUUGCAGAGCUGAUGGAGCUGCUCACGGCCAUGGUCACCAGGGCCGAGGCCCAGGGCCACGGGGCCAACGUGGCCACCAAGGACACAGAGAGGGAGGUGCUGCCUGACCCUGUGCAGAACGGCAGCGACUCAAAAUCCCAGAAGGAACGGGAACAGAAGCAGGAACAGGAACAAGAACAGAAGCGGGAACGGGAGAAGGGACAAGACCAGAAGCGGGAAAAGGAACAGAAGCAGGAACAGGAAAAGGAAGAGGAGCUGGAACGGUCCCUCAAGUCCCACACGGUCGAGGUCUCGGCUGGCGGCUUCCACGGCAGGAAGGUGUCCCUGUGGGAGCUGCUCUCCUCCCAGUUCAUGUCCGAGCCCAAGCGUGGCGAGCUGCUGGCGCAGCUGCGGGCCGGGAGCCUGGCGCUGGCCCAGCUGGCCACGCUGCUCACCCAGCUGGUGGAGGAGGCGGCGCGGCGCGGCAGCAGCGUGAAAUUCACGGGGCUCAGGAGGCAGGUGAGCGCCUCGGACCUGCUGGACUCGGGCAUCAUCGACACGGGCACGCUGGCCCAGCUGGUGCAGGGCGCCAGGACGGUGCAGGAGGUGACGCAAAUGGCCUCGGUCAAGCGCUACCUGCACGGCACGGGCGUCAUCGCCGGCGUGCUGGUGCCCUCCAAGGCCCAGCCCGGCAGCGUGGAGAAGAUGAGCAUCUACCAGGCCAUGUGGAAGGGCAUCCUGAGGCAGGGCACGGCGCUGGUGCUGCUGGAGGCGCAGGCGGCCACCGGCUUCAUGGUGGACCCCGUGCACAACCAGAAGCUCUCGGUGGACGAGGCCGUGGCCUCGGGCCUGGUGGGCAGCGAGCUGCACGAGAAGCUGCUGUCGGCCGAGCGCGCCGUGACGGGCUACUCCGACCCCUACACGGGCGACAAGAUCUCCCUGUUCCAGGCCAUGAAGCAGGAGCUGAUCGUCAGGGACCACGGCAUCCGCCUGCUGGAGGCCCAGAUCGCCACGGGCGGCAUCAUCGACCCCGUGCACAGCCACCGCCUGCCCGUGGAGGUGGCCUACAAGCGCGGCUACUUGGACCAGGAGAUGAGCCAGAUCCUGUCCGACCCCAGUGACGACACCAAGGGCUUCUUCGACCCCAACACCCACGAGAACCUGACGUACCUGCAGCUGCUGCGCCGCUGCGUGCCCGACCCCGACACCGGCCUUUAUUUCCUUAACAUUGUAAAAAAAGAGCAGAGGAGGCAGCCUGGGUUAUCUCAGGCCAUUCUGGUGAAGUGUGUCAUCCUUUUUUUCGUCACAGAGUUUUUAGCGCAGCUCUUUGUUCCACGGGCUCGGUGCGCUCCUCCCUCCCCAGACACACCCGCGGCAGCAGGAUCCUCCCCAGGCGCGAUGCAGAACACGAGUGGAUGCUCCCGGAGCUCCUCAGGGAGCCGCCCGGCCGCAGCUGAGCACAAAGGGAUGGGGGUGGCCGGCAGUAACUUCAUCGCCGGAGUCUUCCUCCCGGCCAGGACGGAGAAGCUGAGCAUCUACCAGGCCAUGAGGAGGGGGCUGCUGAGCCCGGGCACGGCGCUGGUGCUGCUGGAGGCGCAGGCGGCCUCGGGGCUGCUCACGGAGCCCGCGGGCAGCGAGCGGCUCUCGGUGCGCCAGGCGCUGGCCCGGGGGCUCAUCGGCCACGACUUCCUGGAGAAGCUGCUCUCGGCGGAGGGCGCCGUGACGGGGUACACAGAGCCCUACACGGGGCAGAAGAUGUCCCUGUUCCAGGCCAUGGGGCAGGGACUCAUCCUCAGGGACCACGGCAUCCGCCUGCUGGAGGCGCAGAUCGCCACCGGCGGCAUCAUCGACCCCAAGCGCGGCCACCGCGUCCCCGUGGAGGUGGCCUGCGAGCGCGGCUACUUGGACCAGGAGAUGAGCCAGAUCCUGUCCGACCCCCAGAACCAAACACGGAGCUGCUUCGACCCCAACACCCACGAGAACCUGACGUACCUGCAGCUGCUGCGCCGCUGCGUGCCCGACCCCGACACGGGGCUGCUGAUGCUGCAGCUGAUGGACAAGGGCUCCGUGCUGCACCAGCUGAGCCAGGACGCCCGCACAGCCCUGCAGGCCGCCCGCACCGCGCUGCCCCUGGGGCUCUUCCAGGGCACCAGCGUCUCCCUCUGGGAGCUCCUCUUCUCCCGCUACGUCCCCGAGCAGCGGCGCCAGGAGCUGCUGCGCCAGUACAAGGCGGGCACGGUCACCAUUGCAGAGCUGAUGGAGCUGCUCACGGCCAUGGUCACCAGGGCCGAGGCCCAGGGCCACGGGGACAGCGUGGCCACCAAGGACACAGAGAGGGAGGUGCUGCCUGACCCCGUGCAGAACGGCAGCGACUCAAAAUCCCAGAAGGAACGGGAACAGAAGCGGGAACGGGAGCAGAAGCAGGAAUGGGAACUGAAGCGGGAGUUGGAACUGAAGCGGGAAUUUAAGCAGGAGCAGGAUCAGGAGCUGGAACGGGAAUGGGAGCAGGAGCAGGAACAGAAGCGGGAAUGGGAACUGAAACGGGAAUUUAAGCAGGAGCAGGAGCAGGAACGGGAAUGGGAGCAGGAGCAGAUGCAGGAACGGGAAUGGGAGAAGGAGCAGGAGCAGAUGCAGGAGCAGGAACGGGAAUUGGAGCAGGAGCAGGAACAGAAGCGGGAAUGGGAACUGAAGCGGGAAUUUAAGCAGGAGCAGAUGCAGGAGCAGGAAUGGGAGCAGGAGCAGAUGCAGGAGCAGGAGCAGAUCAAGGUGUCCCUGUGGGAGCUGCUCUCCUCCCGCUGCAUGCCCGAUCCCCAGCGAGAGGAGCUGCUGAGGGAAUACAGGGCGGGCACUGUCACCAUUGCGGAGAUGAUCGAGCUCCUCACGGCCCUGCUCGCCUGGGCAGAAAGCGAGAACGGAGCUCUGGGCUCACCCGCGGCCAAAGUCGGUGACGAGGUGGGGGCGUCACCCCCAGGCCAGGAGCAGCUGUUGAGAAAAUCCCUGAAGUCUGCGAGAGUCCGAAUCACUGCCGGGGAGUUCCGGGGGCGAGACGUGUCCGUGCUGGACCUGCUCUUCUCGGGAUACGUCCCUCAGGGGGCGCGGCAGGAGCUGCUGGAGCUCUACAGGGCGGGGGUCCUGAGCACCGAGCAGGUGGCCACCGUGGUCACCAACGCGGUCACCCGAGCUGAGGCCGCCAAGGCGGCCAGGAGCCCGCACAGGGCAGGGGAGGAUGAGGAGGGUGGUCCAGCACGCCUGGAUGAUGCCCUGAAGGCCGCCCCCGUGGCUCACAUCCCCGAGGAGAAGCGGCAGGAGCUGCUGCAGCUCUACCGAGAGGGGUUCCUAACUCUGGAGCUGAUGACAACUGUUGUCAGCGCUCUGAUUAUGAAAAAAGAGUCGAUGGGCAGGAAAUUCCACGUUACAGUCAAGGGCGCCAAGGGUGACGACCCCCCCAAAGAAGAACCGUGGGAAACAACCCUAAGAACCACCAGGGUCGAUGUGGAGGCUGCCGAGUUUCGGGGCCGCAGGGUCUCGCUCUGGGAGCUGCUGCACUGCCGGUACAUCCCCGAGCAGAGCAGGGAGGAGCUGCUGGAGCUGUACCGGGCGGGCGAGCUGAGCCUGGAGCAGCACACCCCCGAGGAGAAGCGGCAGGAGCUGCUGGAGCUGUCCCGAGGGGGGACCCCGCCCCUCCAGGAGCUGCCCCGAGGGGGGACCCCGCCCCUCCAGGAGCUGCCCAGCACCACCAGCAGCCUCGGGGGCCCCCUUCCCCUGCUCACCGUGGAUCUGCUGCGCUCCGAGGGCUCCCGCAUCACCCUGGGGCAGUGCCCGGGGCCGUGCCCGGGCCCGUGCCAGGCCCGCACGGUGUCCGUGUGGGAGCUCCUGAGCUCCCGGCGAGUGUCCGAGUUCCGGCGGGAGGCGAGGCUGGAAACCUUCCCCAGGGCGGGGCUCAGGGUGCACCGGAUCACGGUGAGCACCAGCAUCAGCAGCGAGCUGCGGCACGGAGGGGACAGCGCUGGCAGCGGGGGCACCGCCUGGUGCCGGUGA